CCGGAAGCGGAAGAGUAGAAGAGCCGCAGGUGUGUUUUUGUCUGGAUUUCAGUAUUGAUGGCUGAGUGAAUAAUCACUUUUUCUGUUUUCCUACACGUUACCAUUAAAUUGUCCGCGUUGGAAAUGGCUCUCCCGUCACAGCUAAAAGCCAUUCAGCACCACCUCCGGACGGCGCAGGAGCACGACAAACGAGACCCGGUUGUGUCUUAUUACUGCCGCCUCUAUGCCAUGCAGACCGGCAUGAAGCUUGACAGCAAAACCCCAGAAUGCCGAAAGUUUCUUGUGAAACUGAUGGAUCAGUUGGAGAUGAUGAAGAAGGAGUUGAGUGAUAAUGAAUCCAUCUCCCAGGAGGUGGUAGGCAACGCCCACAUUGAAAACUACGCUUUAAAAAUGUUCCUGUAUGCCGACAACGAAGAUCGAGGUGGGAGGUUCCACAAGAACAUGAUCAAGUCAUUCUACACCUCCAGUCUCUUGUACGAUGUGCUGUCAGUUUUUGGCGAGUUGUCGGAGGAGAAUAUCCAACACAGGAAAUAUGCCAGAUGGAAGGCAACGUACAUUCACAACUGUAUGAAGAACGGCGAAACCCCGAAGGCUGGGCCCAUUGGAAUGGAAGGGGAAGUGUAUGAUGACGAGUUUGGCACCGAAGGUGCUGUGUCCUCCCUGGAGCCCCAUUCUCAACCCCCUGCCCAGCCCUUCGUGCCUCACACAGACCCAGGGGCCAUGCCACCCCCCAGCAGCUUCAACAACAUCCAGAUCCCACCUGGCGCCCACGCCCCAGCCAACACCCCAGCAGAGAUCCCGCCCCCCACAGGGGAGCCAGUCAAGCCAGUUCCUGUUCCUCGCACAGUCCCUGCGGUUGACCCAUCAUUGCUGAACACUAACCAGCAGGGUGAUGUCCGUCUCACUCCAGAAGAUUUUACCCGGGCCCAGAAAUACUGCAAGUUCGCGGGCAGCGCCCUCCAGUACGAGGAUGUCGGCACCGCCAUUCAGAAUCUGCAGAAGGCCCUCAAGUUGCUGACCACGGGAAAAGAAUGAGGCCUUUGUCCCCACGCACCACUCUCCCGUUUAUCUGCCCCAAGGAACUAAAGAGGCCCAUUGCUUCAGCCUGGUUCUGUCAGAAGGAAGCGAUUCUGCUGAAGCUCAUCAUAAUCACUGUAAACAACAAUGGCGUCUGUGUCUCCAUGUUGGAUUCUGUCUGUAGCGCUCACAUAGCAGUCAACUCCUAGAGAGAGAAGGUUCGAGGUAAGGUUUAGUCAUGUCAGAAAGCGGCCUUUCUGCAGAAAUCUUCAUUUAUACCUCUUCUUACAUGUACAUUUUGUAAACAUGCUGGGACUUUGGUAAUUAGAUAGCACUUGAUUCAGAGAUUUCAUUUUCUUACUUAAAAACUAACUUCAGUGUUUCUACAGACAAUAAAGUUUGGCAGAAGUGGU